CAAUAACGGCCAUUUUCUUCAACCUUAGUGUUUAAAACUAAUUUCUGUGGAUUUAAAACCUGUAUCAACUAAGCACUGUGUGGGGAUAUAUUUUAUAUCAUCUUGGGAAAAUUGAGUGUUAAAUUUUUCCCAUCGUCUACAAUUUCAUCCCUUCUGCAAUUAAUAUCUAUAUAUUACUAAUGAUGUCUACAGGAAAGCAACAUCUAAUUGAUAUUUCUGCAGCAGGUGAAAAUACCUUCCAUUGUCGUCGAAUAUGUCCACGUAUGGGAGUAAACCAGCGACAGUACAGAGAGGCUAAGCAUCUUAAUUUACCAAAUGGCAAUACAUCAGUGAACACUGCUCAAAUCAAAUCCUCUAUCAACAAUACAAUCAAUAAAAGUUGUAUUAAUAAUAAUAAUAAUAGCAACAACAAUAGUCUGCUAGAAAGAUAUCCUAUUCUACGACAUGAACGACAGUCAACUGGAGUAGGGAAUAAUAAUAAUAAUAAUAAUAAUAAAAUAGUCCAAGAGAAAUGUAAACAUUCACGAAGAAGUGGACAAGUAUUACUCACUGGAAUGAUGAAGUCAACAAGGCGGCCAAUUAAAGCUAGACAUUCUUUACAAAAUAAGAAUAUCUCUGAGGCGGCACAAGUGACAAAUACCCUAAAUACUGUAACCAACAACCAAAUCAAUUCAACUACUCAUUUACCUAACUGGAAAAUGGAGGAAUCUAAUAUAAUGAAAGAAUUAAGAUUAUUAGAGAGUGUUUCAUCAAUCGAUUCAUCACCAACUAUCUUACAAUGUCGUCAAAGAGUUGCUAUAUUUACUAAUCCUGAUGUAAGAAGACGAAUUAGUGCAGAUAGUGUAUCGUUAAAUAUAUCAUCCAUUAAUCCAUAUGUGAAUUUUAAAGAUGACACACCAACUCCUGCAAAACGACAAAAUAUUGACCAUACCUUCGAAAUGUUCAAUUCAGAUCUUGGAAACAGGAAUGAUAAUUCCACAGAAUCUCAACCGAAUCUUCUAAAUCUUCUUGGUUAUGAUACCAAUUCAUCGUCAGCAUCACCGACUGUAAAAAAGGGUAAUCUUACUUCAACAAAAUGCAGUCGAUGGAGUAUAGGUACCACGAAACGAUUUUCGAAACGACGAAGUAGUACUGGAAGUCUGUUGUCGUUGACGACGAUGCCGACAGCACCACCACCUACAACACUAACACCAACAACAACGGUACCAUCAUCAGACAAUGAAUGUCAUGAACAUGAACAUGAUGACAUGAACACUAAAAAUUCACAGUCAACUAUAAAAUUGGAAAAUUAUGAUCUAUUCAAGGGAUUAAGACGUUCAGCACGACGUACAUUCAGUAGUCUGUGUAAUGUUGUUCUACGACAUUCAAAUUCAUCAUCAUCAAUAUCGCUCACAACAAGUAAUUCAUCAAAUUUAAAAAAUCGACUAUCUGAUUCAAAUAGUCUUUCAACGCUAUCAAUGACCGGAUUACUCGAACCUCAGAAUGAUAAGGAGAAUGAAGGUGGGGAUGAGUACAUUGAAAAGAUUUCCGCCUCCUCCUCCUGUUCGCCUUCGUCCUCGAAUUCAAAACCUUUAUCCUGUAAACAUAUAACAAUUUCAAGACCCAACCUCCAUGAUUCUUUUGGUUUAUUUGUUAUCAAAUCUGAACAAGGUUAUAUUGUUACACGUCUAUCAGAUCGAUUUAAUCAAGAAGAAAGCUCAAUCAAUAAUCGAAUUUCUAUUGGUGAUGAAAUUGUACAAGUCAAUGGAAUAUCAUGUACCCGCUUGGAUACUAAUCAAUUACAAGAAUUAUUCAGGAAGCAUCAAUCAUUGGAUCUUACAAUCAUGAGUCAAUAAAGAGAAUAAUAAAAAGUCGUCUCCAAGACUACAGAGUCCUGUGUCCAAGUUGAUUAUUACCUCUAACAAUUGAGAAGAGAAAGGCAUUGUCAGCAUGACUGACUGCUUUCGAAAAAAGCUUCUCAUCGCACUAGAAACAAAACAGAGCAUAAUAUUGAUUUUAUUUUCUUCUUGUUGAUUUCGUC